CCAUCUUUGUUGUGUGUAGGAAAGCAUGUCCCGCCGAAGAAACUACAGCGAUGAUGACGAAGGUGGACGUCCUCGUAAAAGACGCCGGACUACCUCAGAUCACACUGAGAUUGAAGACAGAUUGGAGUCUCUGAUCACUAGAGUUGGAGAGAAGAGUACUUCUUCCUUAGAGAGUAACUUAGAAGGAUUGGCUAGCGUCUUAGAAGCUGACUUGACCUCUUAUAAACCCAAAAUAACAAAGAUUCUUGCAACAUGUGCAACGUUCUUCCCUGAGAAGAUCAGUGUAUACAGUACAUUGGUCGGUCUGCUAAAUGCGAGGAAUUAUAAUUUUGGAGGCGAGUUCGUAGAAAAUAUAUUCCGAGCUCUGAGGGAUGCAUUGAAAGUUGGAGAAUUUGAGAAAGCGCGUAUUUUGCUGAGAUUUUUGACCGAUUUAGUGAAUUGCCAUGUAAUUGAUUUAACAUCAAUGUUGGUGAUGUACGAAGCGUUUGUAGCAGUGACCUCAGAAGAUGAUAUUCCUCAAGUGCGUAGUGAUUGGUAUAUGUAUGCUGUGAUGUCAUCGUUGCCGUGGAUUGGACGAGAGUUGCAUGAUAAGAAGGAGAUGGAAUUUGAGAAGUUACUUUCAAACAUUGAGAAAUACAUUAACAAACGUAAGAAACAGUAUUUUCCAUUUUUAAAAGUAUGGGAAAAGGACGUACCACACCCCCAAGAAGAGUAUUUGGACUGUUUGUGGGCUCAACUUACAAAACUGAAGAACGAUAAAUGGAUUGAGCGGACAAUUCUGAGACCCUACCUUGCGUUUGACAGUGUGUUGUGCGAGGCGCUACAACACACCCUCCCACCAAUCAACCCACCCCCACACACAGAUGAAAUGGAAUAUCCCUUACCCAAAGUUAUAUUUAGGAUGUUUGAUUAUACAGAUGCACCCGAGGGACCACACUUGCCUGGACAUCAUGCCAUUGAUAGAUUCCUCAUUGAAGAAACGUUGUCACAGAUUAUACAUACACAUCAUAAGGAAAGAAAAGAAUGUGCCGCUCAGCUUGUCAGUUACCAUGGGAAGAAUAUAGUGCCGCUGAAUUACAUGAUAAUUGAAGUUGUUUUCGGUCAGCUAUUCAACCUGCCUCAGCCGCCUUAUCUCGAGAUAUUUUAUGCGUCUUUACUCAUUGAAUUGUGUAAACUGCAGCCGUCUUCUCUUCCGCAAGUUCUUGCACAAGCCACUGAAUUACUCUAUGAGCGUGUUGAUUACAUGAAUGUUACCUGCGUUGAUAGAUUUGUCACAUGGUUCUCUCAUCAUCUCAGUAAUUUUCAAUUCCGUUGGAGUUGGGAGGAUUGGGGAGAAUGUAUCAGUAUGAAUCCGGAAACACCUAAGCCGAAGUUUGUCAAGGAAGCUUUAGAGAAGUGCAUGAGAUUGUCGUAUCAUCAAAGAAUUGUUGAAUCUGUACCUGAGAACUAUGCCCAAUUAAUACCAGAGAAACCUUCUCCUAUUUAUAAAUACAGUGCUAUUGGAAGUGGUUCAUUACCGGGAACUAUUCCAGCCAAUCAGCUGAUUGCAUCAAUUAAAAAUAAGGCUACUCCAGACGAGGUUCUCGACAUUCUCAAAGAUAUACCUAACCCUAAACAGGAUGAGGAACAAAUGGAAGACGAGUCAAGUUUCAACCCUCUAAAAAUAGACGUAUUUGUGUUAACUGUUCUACAUAUGGGUAGUAAAUCAUUCAGUCAUUCCUUUAGUGCCCUAGCCAAAUUUCAUCCAGUGUUCAAAGCGUUAGCUGAUGGUGAGGAGAGUCAGAUGUAUAUGUUGGGUAAAGUUUAUGAAAUCUGGCAAAAUCAUCACCAGAUGAUGGGUGUACUCAUUGAUAAGAUGCUGAGGACUCAAAUUGUGGACUGUGCCUCUGUAGCAAAUUUUCUUUUUUCCAAGGAUAUGGAAAAUGAUUUUACCAGGUUGUAUGUUUGGGAAAUUAUGCAUUCCACAAUCCGCAAGAUGAAUAAACAUGAAAACCGAAUUGAGAAAGAGCUCCAGGAGGCCAGGGCUAAGUUGGACCAACAUGUACGUGCAUGUCAAAAUUAUUUUUUGCAGCGCUUUAUCAUUAUUUUAAGUGAACAUCUAGUGAAAUGUGAAAAUGAAGGUAAAGAUUGCGAUACCCCAUGGUACAAACAAGUUAAAGGAAGACUUCAACAAAUAUUCUUAACCCACUAUCAACAAGUGGAGAAGUAUAUCACCACACUUGAGACGUUACUCUUUACUGCCGACAUUGACCAGCAUAUUCUGGAAGUUUUCCAACAGUUCCGAGCUCUGCGGAUGUAAAUCUCGAUGUCAUUUCAACCAACCAUGUUUUUUUACCCAGCUGAAUAAACUAAAAACUGCCUAAUUCGUUCUGUGCCAGUCUGUAUUAUUUUUUUACUUUCACUUUUAGUAUGUUAUUUUUAAAAUGUAUGUCAAUCAGUUGGAUGGCAGAGAAGGUGGUCUAUUAAAAUGAAAUAUUUUCCAGCUGAGUAUAACAUUUUUUUUUUUAGCCUUUCAAUUUUUCUUUAUUUUCACCUCAACUUUGUUCAUCUUAGGAAUAUUCUCCACAUGACUGAAAGCUCUGGAUAUGUAUAUUAUUGAUGUGUACUGUAACUUUCGUAUUAAAAUAAUUUUGAAAAGGU